AUGUUCACACCUUGUCUUGGAGUCAUCUUUCAAAGAGUUACCGAUAAGAAAAUUACCGGGCACAAACUGUUUCAGAGCUUCAUUCAGGAAAACAAAGCAUGCUUCUGGAAUACGAAUUUAGUGGAAGCAAUAAAUUCUACGAAAUAUGUUGGUUAUAUCAAGCCAUCGACACUAUUUAUAACUUCAAUGAACGAGAGAUAUAUGCAAACAUUGCGCGAUGCUUGGGUUCUACGGAUUUUGAAACCAGCGAAAGGAUACCGAAUCGAAACUCUUGGUGAUGUGGAAAAUAUCGGAAUGCAUAAGAUUGAUCAGAUGCAUUUGGUACCAUUGAUGGAUAUUAUUUGUAAUGUGGUAUUCAAAAUGAAUCAAAGUGGUCGUCCAGCAGUUUUUGAAGCUUUGCUGGAUGAGAUUCGUGAAGGAUAUCCAAAAAUAGAACCUCCAUCAACGAGGACACUUCGGCAAGCUAUUCAGACCCUCUUGAAACAAGAAAUCUUGGAAUAUCACCUGGAACAACUGUAUAUCUGUUUUCCUCAUACAGCUCCUUAUCACUCCACCAAAAUUCGUCCCAAAUGUACCGUAGAAUGCCAAACUGGACAAAGUGUCAUGAACGGCUACGCUCCGACAAAUUCAUUGAAAAUCAAAAAAGGUAUUCUGGCCAGGCUCUUCAUGAAAAAAGACACUCUCCCAAAAACAAUGCAACUUGGCCGAAACCACACAAGCCCUACAAGCCAAUCGAAGCAUUUCGAACUGCCAAAUGCCAGUGCCCAACCAAACAGAAGCGGCGAAAAAUCUUCCGCAGCACAAAAGUAA